UACGUGGAGAAGGACGGGAAGUGCAACGUGCAACACGGGAACGUGCGGGAGACCUACCGCUACCUCACCGACAUCUUCACCACCUUGGUGGACCUCAAGUGGCGCUUCAGCCUCCUCGUCUUCAUCCUCGCCUACGCCGUCACCUGGCUCUUCUUCGGCCUCAUCUGGUGGUUCAUCGCCUACUGCCGGGGGGACCUGGACCACCUGGAGGACCACGCCUGGACGCCUUGCGUCAACAACCUCAACGGCUUCGUCUCCGCCUUCCUCUUCUCCAUCGAGACGGAGACCACCAUCGGCUACGGCCACCGCGUCAUCACCGACAAGUGUCCCGAGGGCAUCGUGCUCCUGCUGCUCCAGGCCAUCCUGGGCUCCAUGGUCAACGCCUUCAUGGUGGGCUGCAUGUUCGUGAAGAUCUCCCAGCCCAACAAACGCGCCGAGACCUUGGUCUUCUCCUCCCACGCCGUGGUCUCCCUGCGGGACGACCGCCUCUGCCUGAUGUUUCGCGUGGGCGACCUGCGGGACUCGCACAUCGUGGAAGCCUCCAUCCGCGCCAAGCUCAUCAAGUCCAAGCAGACGCAGGAGGGCGAGUUCAUCCCCCUGGACCAGACCGACCUGAGCGUGGGCUUCGAGACGGGCGACGACCGCCUCUUCCUCGUCUCGCCCCUCAUCAUCAGCCACGAGAUCGACGAGCGCAGCCCCUUCUGGGACGUCUCGCGGCACCAGCUGGAGAAGGACGAUUUCGAGAUCGUCGUCAUCCUCGAGGGGAUGGUGGAGGCCACAG